AUGGGCUCUUCCUCUUCUUCUCCCGCCAAACAACCCGAGAGCCGGAAGGCGAAAGCGGACAAUCAGAUUUUGAACUCGUAUCAGGUAAGUGAAACACAGAGACAGAUGACCCGUUGUUAGAAUAGUAGUGACGACGUGAAUGGUUGGCAUUUAUUGUUCAGAAGUCGAUAAUUCGGAACGCAUGGAGACACAUGAGUCAGAAGGGGCCCGCCAAUUGCGGAAGCACGAUAACGAGGAGGAUGAUGGCGAGGAAGAGCACAAUCGGAGAAGUGCUCGACAAAUCAGCCAGUGAAUAUCACAAUUUGCAAAUCGUGGAAUUUCUACAGAAAGGUGGGCCGGGAAAGUAGUUGUGAAGUGAAAAGGUUUGCAGUAAUGCAAAUGCUCGACGAGCCGGACAAAAUCUCAAAACUAUGCCAAGAAGUCGGACAAAAGCACGCGAAAUACCGAAGAAGCAAAGGGAUGAAGGUGAGAUGAAUGACAGGAAAUUACAGCACAAAAGGUGGAAAAUGAACAGAUCGAUUACUGGGACAAGCUGGGCGAAGCGAUAACGGAGACGAUUCGCGAGUACCAGGGAUGGAAAAUCCAUCGGGAGAGCCUAAGGGCCGCCACUGUUCUCGUAUCGUACGUCGUGGAUCAGCUGAGAUUUGGUGAGAAAUCGUAAAAAAUAGAGAGCGCGAAAUGAGGGAGGUUUGCAGGCUAUUCGAGAGGAUUACAUGUACAAGGAUCGAGGGAAACUAAGGACGAGGAAGAGGAGAAUUGA